GUGUGUGUGAUGCAUGAGGGGCGCUGAUUAAAAAAAUUCUCCUUGACUAGACGUUAUUGUUUAUAGUAAAUGGUAAGCCAAUACAAAUAAAAUGUCCGUUAACACCGAUCCAGGAAACGCCUUCCAUUGCUAUGUGUGUGUGUGUGUGUAAAUGAAUGGGUCUGACCUCCUUAUAACCCGGAUAUGUUGGAGAUGAUGACUUCGGGUGACACACAUAUUUUAUAGGAGCAAUAUUACAGGUAUGUGCGUUGUGUUCAAUUGGAGACUUGGUUGACAAGGGCACAACUCAAUAAGUCUCCCCUUCAAGUCUUCCCGGGAACACAUGUGUCCUGAACUCGGCAAUAAGUUAACCUCUUGUUUGUUUUAUAAACACACAACAAACCAUUGGAUAAACAAUACUCCAUUCUAGACGACAUUAGUGUAGAGUUACUAAUGUAACUUUAAUGAACUGUGAUAAUUAACUAAGCUUUAAUCGGCAGGGAUGAUUCAUACUAUGUGCUAUGUGUGAACAGUAGUUUUCAUUGACACAAAGAUGAACGCAAUGUACUGCAAAGCCAGCAAAAGGUAGGCCACUACAGGUGAUGCCAAUAUCGGCUUCUACUUCUUCAGAGACACAUGGCGUUAAAGGGUGGCUCCCAGAGCCUUGGAGUCAAUCGAAAUCCAGAUCAAAGCUAUGGGAAACAGAAGACAGGGAAAGAUGAUGGAGACUUCUACCAUAGCUACGAUGACAUAGACAGCGACUAUGACAAGUCUUUUGUUGCUCGCCAUCCUAAAGAUGAGGCUGACGAUGACCGUAGAACAUCCGGGUCCAAGAAACCUUUGUCGAAUGGUCACGCCGCACCCUUAACAGAGAAAGACAGCAAUAGAGAGAAGCCCUCUAAUGAUAAUGACAGAGAAUAUUUGCCACCUCGGAAAAGAGAUUCGCCAAAUGGAUAUUAUGACAGAAGGCGUUCACCUCCUAGUGUCAGAGGGCGUUCAUCGCCUGACAGAAGGAAUUCACCACCUAACAGGGAUUAUGACAGAAGGCGUUCACCUCCUGACAGAAGGAAUUCACCACCUGACAGGGAUUAUGAUAGAAGACAUUCACCUCCUGACAGAAGGCAUUCACCUCCUGAAAGGGAUUAUGACAGAAGGCGUUCACCUCCUGACAGAAGGCAUUCACCUCCUGACAGGGAUUAUGACAGAAGGCGUUCACCUCCUGACAGAAGGCAUUCACCUCCUAACAGGGAUUAUGACAAAAGGCGUUCACCUCCUGACAGAAAGAAUUCACCACCUGACAGGUAUUAUGACAGAAGGCGUUCAUCUCCUGACAGGGAUUAUGACAGAAGGCGUUCUCCUUCUAACAGGAAUCGUGACAGAAUGCGCUCACCAUCUGACAGAGAUUAUAACAGAAAGCAUUCCCCAUCUGACAGAGAUUAUGAUAGAAGACGUUCACCUUCUGACAGAAAUUAUGACAGAAGACAUUCACCACCUGAAAGAAAUUAUGACAGAAGGCAUUCACCAUCUUGUGAAAGAGAGCAUUCACCGUUUGGCAGAGAUAACUACAGAAGACGAUCACCGACUGAAAGAGAUAAGAAACGACGUAGAUCACCACUUAACAGAAGACAUUCACCAACAGAGAGAGAUUCUGAAGAAUACAAAGACUUUGAAAAUAAACUGUCUUCAGAUAGUAGUCUCAGCGAGUUAAAACAAGACACUGAAACUGACACCUAUGAAGACCCAUGGGACACAACACCCAGUAAAGUAUCGGAUAUAUUAGAAAAUCUGCGGGAAAAUCACGAUGCCAGUGUUUCUAAAGCCCCAAGAAUCCGGUCUUAUGAAGAUCCUGUGGAUUCACUGCUCGAACCAAAGUACCCAUCUCUAGCAACAACUAAAGGUAACACUUAUGAAUCCUAUGCUCCAAAUUUUCAUGGCUUUGAUUAUCCUGAACCUAAGCAGCCACAGAAAGAAGCAAAUAAUAAUAUUGAUAAGGAUAAAAAUGCGAAAGAUAAGUACCCAUCUCUUGCAACAACUAAAGGUAACACUUAUGAAUCCUACACUCCAAAUUUUCAUGGCUUUGAUUAUACUGAACCCAAACAGCCACAGAAAGAGGCAAAUAAUAAUAUUGAUAAGGAUAAAAAUGCGAAAGAUAAUGACGGCUACAUAACUUUAGAUUUCGGCGGUUCUGAUGAUCGAAAACCUUCAAAGUCUAGGAGUAAAAGUAACACACCGUUUUCUUCACAGGGCUCUAUACUUUCUCCUGAAGAUUUCAAUGAUAAAAAAAAACUUGUCUAUGGUCAAGAUGAGAAUGAAGAAAGAGGAAACUGGACAGGAAAAUUUGAUUUUAUUCUUUCAUUGCUUGGCUAUGCAGUGGGUCUCGGCAAUGUUUGGAGAUUUCCAUAUUUGUGCUACCGAAAUGGUGGCGGAGCUUUUUUAUUUCCUUAUCUUCUUAUGAUGGUUAUGAUAGGAUUACCGCUGUUUUAUUUGGAAGCAGCAUUGGGUCAGUUCACUAGCUGUGGGGCUACCACCUGUUGGCAGUUUGCCCCAUUAUUCAAAGGUCUCGGUAUAGCCAUGGUGAUAUCAUCUACACUGACUGCCAUCUACUACAAUAUGAUUCUUGGCUGGGCAUUACACUAUAUGUUUUCAUCAUUCACCAGCAGUCUUCCUUUCCUAAGCUGUGAUAACUCAUGGAAUACCAAAGACUGCAAGCUUAAACUUCCUGUCAUGCAAUGCAGUGGUAGUAGCCAAUCAAAUGAUGGAUUAUGUCUUGAUGAAAAUGGCAAGGAAAGGGGCAUUUGGAAUAAAACAUUAUUCACAGAAUCUACUGGAAGAAAGAUUGUCUCACCCUCACAAGAAUACUGGGAAAAGAAUAUGCUAGCUUUUAGUGAUGGCAUUCAAAAUUUCGGAACACCCAAAUGGGACUUGGUGUUGUGUUUACUGUUGGCUUGGGUCAUCUGUUUCUUUUGUCUCAUCAAGGGCAUUAAAAGUACAGGGAAGGUUGUCUACUUUACAGCCUUGUUCCCUUAUGUUGUUUUGUUCAUACUACUAAUUAGAGGAGCCACACUAGAGAAUGCAUCAGAAGGAAUAUAUUUUUUCAUUACACCUAAUUUUAGCAGACUUGGAGAUGCUAAUGUGUGGAAAGAUGCUGCUAAUCAAAUAUUUUUCUCCAUGGGCAUUGCCGGAGGAGGAUUGAUCACGUUGUCAAGCUACAACAGAUUCCAUAACAAUAUUCAAAGAGAUGCAAUAUUAGUCGCUGUUGGGGACUCCCUGACUUGUCUGCUAGGUGGAUUUGUUAUCUUCUCUUACUUGGGCUAUAUGGCUGGCCAGUUGGAUGUUGGGGUUCAAGAUGUGGCAGCAGAUGGAGCUGGACUGGCCUUUGUUGUUUAUCCUGAAGCCAUUUCAAAUCUACCUCCUCCAACAUUAUGGGCUCUACUUUUCUUUGUGAUGCUACUUACGUUAGGAUUAGAUUCCCAGUUUGCAAUGUUGGAAACAAUAAUGACUGGACUGAUCGAUCAGUUCCCACGACUUCGACCUAAGAAAGUUUUUGUGAUCCUGAUUAUUUGCAUUGUAUUAUUUAUUAUGGGGCUUCCAUUAACAUCACCUGGAGGCAUGUAUAUGCUGCAGUUAAUGGACAACUAUGUUGGGGGGCUAACUCUGAUCAUUAUUGCUUUCUUUGAGGUGAUAUCUAUCACCUAUAUCUAUGGUGUUAGAAGAUUUUGUUUAGAUCUUCAUACAAUGACAGGCUCUACUAUAUUCAUAUAUUGGAAAAUAGUUUGGUGUGUAGUCACCCCAUUGACCAUUGCUUUCAUUUUCAUCUUUAUGUUUAUUGAUUAUAAAAGCUCAACUUAUGGUGACUAUGUUUAUCCAGGCUGGGCUGAUGCCAUGGGCUGGUUUAUGACUUUGACAUCUGUCCUGGCCAUACCUAUUGUUAUGAUCUACAAAAUAUGUAGAGAGAAAGAAGGAAAGACAAUCUGGCAGAGAGUGUGUCUGCUGUGUUUACCAUCCAUUUACUGGGGUCCAGCUUUAAAAAAACACAGAGAACUAAUCACAUAUGCUGAGGGCUUUCAGGUUGAUCCUAUGCAUAACUUGCAAACCUCCAAAAUGACUAAAUCAUCAAAUCAAUCUAAUAUGGCAUCAAAUGGAUCUGCGAAAAGUCCCUACUCAAAAUCUGGUGUUUUAAAUCUGGGUUAUGAUGACUCCAUGGAAUCAGUGAAGGCUGAAAGUCAAAGAUCACUUUUUGCUUCAAGAAUGUCUGUGCUGUCUACAUUUUCCAAAGGAACUCACAAAUCAGAAAAGUCUGGCUUCUCGUUUGAGUCCAAUGUAUAGCUUUGUUUUGUAUUGGAGCUUAGCAGCGAAUAUCUCAAUUACAUGUUCUGAUGAUGUUCUAAUUAUUAUUACCAUUUUGUCUUCUUUACAAUGUGAAUAUGAUGUGUUGAAAAGUCAAAUCAUAGCAUGGAUAUAGACCCAACUGAUUCAGUUUGGGUUGAUAUGGGAAAUAUAUGUAAAUUAAUACUGUUAUUGGCAUUGUCAAAAUUAAUAUUUACUUUUGACUUACCAUUUAUAACAAAAUUCUUCUAUGUAAAUAACAAUACUCUAAUUACAACUAAUUAUCUGUAAUAAGCUGGUUGUAUGACACAUUUGUGUUGGCUACCAUUGUAAUAUUUUUUUUAUGAUUAAAGUUGGAAUAAUUGUGUUGAAUAUGUACAUUGACUAGUUAUAAUUGUAAACUAUUAUGCCAUAACUCAUAAUAUACAAGUUGACAUUGUGAAUCCUUCAUAAUAUAAAAGUAAUAAUAUUAGUCCCUCAAUCAAUUAUUUAUUACUAACAUGAUUUUAUACUGUUAUAUUUUGUGUACAUAGGCAUAAAAAAAACACUUUAAAAUUUUAAACCUGUUUUAAAAUAAAACUACAUAAGUUAAAUUUAUACAAUGGACUUAACUUUGAUAUAAAAAUAAAAUUUAAUGUAGCAUCUUUUAAAAGUAUUUGAAACUAACAAAUGUUUAAAAUGACCUGGAUGAAAAUAACUUUCUUACAGAUCACACACAAUACAACCUAUAAAAAGCAAUUACUGAGACUUUUGUAAACUGAAUUGUGUUCGUAAAUGCUAUGAUUAAAUUUAUUUUAAAUAAGACUCAAUAAAUCAUUGUAUCAGUAACACUGUUAAAGUACUUCUUCAUAACCAGCUAAUUGAUUUUAACCAAAAAUUAAAGUUGGAUAGCACCCAUUAUUUUAAUUUUUAUUUGUUGUACAUUUUUAAAGUCAUGGUUUAAGAUUUUAUAUUUUGUACAUAUGCUAACUUUUUUUCUAUGAAGUGAAUCUUUUUUUUUUUCAAUUUGUAAAUGUAUUUAGAUCCCUCCAUCAUUAAGAAACAACUGUGCUGAACAAGUCAUCUUUAGUUUGUUUACACAAGAUGUUGCUAGGUCCUUUAGAACACUGCCAAGUCAGUCAAUAGCUAGUUAGUAACUUGACUAUAGUUUAUAAUGGAAAUUGGACAAAGUGGAGGAAUACAGUACUUUGGGACUAAUAUUGAUUAGUGCAAUGGUUCAAUAAUUUAAUUCCUUCUACCUGAACUUGCUUUAUGAAUCAAAACAGCUAUAAAAUGAAUUUUUCUUGUUUUACUAUCAACCUGUGAUAAGUUUUAAAAAGCACCUGGAAGUAAUAAAAUAUUAGCAGAAAGUAAUUCUAGAAAAGGGCAAUAAAAUCCAGUGGUUAUUGUCAUAGAACAUGCUUCCAUUUCGUUUUAUACUGUUGUUUUUUUUUAACCUGUAAUUUUAUAAAUGUUUACACUAAUCACUUUUAGAUUCUAUAAAGAAACAUUUAAAUUUUGAAAUAAUUCAAUAUAAUUGUCACUAUAACUUCUAUGCUAACAUAGAAUCUGUCAACUUAGGCACUUUAAAAAAAAAAGUCUGUGCUAAAUGUAUCUCUUGUUAUUUUACAUUAUAGUUUCAUGUUGUCUUGAAAAUAUGUAUUAUUUUAAUUCAAAAACCUAUGUUAGUUUGUAAGUUGCCUAAAAGUGGUUUAUAGCUGUACUGCCAACAUACUACAGAAAAAAAUACACUUUUUUUUUUGUUUCAAUACAUGAUCAAGUUGUAUUGAUGUUAAGAUAAAAACCUGUUACAUAUUAAGAUAAAAACAUGUUAAAUAAAUACAUUGAGUUCUGCUGAACAUUCA